AUGGGCGAGAAAGACGGAGAGAAGAAGGCGGCGGCGGAGGUAGGAGAGAAGAAAACGGCUGCGGCGGAGCCUAUUGGGGGACCUAAAAUUAAUUUCUGCGCGUGGUCCCAAUUUCUUAUGAAAGGCGUGGAGAAAGUGAAGGUCGAUUGCGGGUCAAACAAGUUGACCGUGACGGGCCACGUGGACCCCUCGUGGCUCCGCGAGAGGGUUGAAUACAAGACCAAGAAGAAGGUGGAGCUCGUCUCCCCUCAGCCCAAAAAGGACGGCGGCGCAGCCGCCGUCCCCGCCGCCGGCGACAAGAAGGCCGAAGAGAAAUCGGAGAAGAAGCCCGAGGAGAUAAAGGCUGAUGACAAGAAACCCAAAGAGCCUGCGGUUACUACAGUGGUGAUGAAAAUCAAAUUGCACUGUGACGGUUGCGCGCAUAAGAUAAAGCGCGUGGUCUUGAAGAACGUUGACGGGGUUAAUUCGGUAAAAACCGAUGUAGGCAAGGAUACCGUCACGGUCACCGGCACAAUGGACGUGAAGGAGCUCCUAGCCUACUUAAAAGACAAGCUCAAAAAGGGCAUAGAGAUUGUUCCCCCCAAAAAAGCCGAAGACUCCUCGAGUGGGCCCGCCAAGAAUGAAAAAGUCGCCGGAGGAGACAAAAAGCCUGAAGUCGGGCCCGCCACCGGUGGGCCUGCUAAGGAGCCGAAACAAGCCGAUGCUGCCAAGGAGUCGAAACCCUCCGGCGAAGAGUCGAAAAAAGUGGAAGUCAACAAAUUAGAGUACAAUAGCUUCGGCCCGUUAACUCACUACGCGAUGCCGAUUUACAACCAGAGUUACGCUAACCAGGAUUAUGGCCUGGAUGUCCACCAUCCUAGUAGCUUCGUUAACCGUGGUUAUGCUAACCAGGGUUAUGCUAACCAUGGUUAUCAUAGCUCUAACUACGGUUACCCACAAAUGGGCUACGUGAUGCAGUAUUCGCAAGGCCCGCCACCGCCGCCGCCAACGUACGUGGACGAUCGAAUGUUCAGCGACGAGAACCCGAACGGGUGCUCGAUUAUGUGA